AUGUCCGUCUUGGAGGUAUGGUUCCAUUGGUUCACGGACGUUAUCUCUUCCCUUGUCUCGUACUGUACAGCAGCUUUCAGAAGUGCUCCAAGCAAUGGAGAAGUGCAAGAGAUUGUUCAGCAAAACGAAGGGAGCCCAAAACGAGCAUCUGCUGGGGGCCCGGCAGGUCUAUCCUGCUAUGAAACUGUCCUCGUCUCGUUAGCCCUCUGCAUGCUCGCGAGCGGCGUUGUAGAACUCAUCUUCAACUAUCAACACAUGAGCCUCGCCAAAGUUAUCAUUACAUUGAGUCUCGCCAUUUUGACUAUUGUCGCAGUUGUCACGAAAUCUUCAUUGCUCAUGGUAAUCGUCAUGCUUAUUCUGACUGUUGUAGUUCUCUUGUCAACGGCUAUACUGGUACUGGAUGUGAUCGGUUUGAUCAAUGGAGGAGAGCUAACAACCGGUAUUGUGGUAGGAAUGGCUAUUGCAGUCUUACUGUACCUGUGCAUUGUUUUUGCCUGUAUUUCGGCUUGCAUACUUCGUGCACAGUAUUAG